AUGGCUUUUGCGGCGCAGCGGCGGAAGCCGGGGGAGUACGGGGACAUGACGGGCAUCACGCAGGAUGAGGUCUCGAAGCUGCAGAAGGCCAUGAAGCAGAAAGAGUUCCGGGACCACAUCGAAGAGUAUACCCGGGAGGUGUCCGAUCCGGCACACCGGCAAGAGUACUUGGACUACCUCGCGCAGAUCGAGGCCAAGGGCGAGAUGCCCGAGGGCCAGCAGCUCCUCCGCUGUCAGCCAGGGCUUUGUGUGAAGACGAACAUAAAUUUCAAGAGCGGCCAGAAGCAGAAGUGCUUCAUCAACAUCGUCCACACAGAUAGGCUCGAGGAUCUCACCUUGCUGCCUGCAGAGGCUGGCAGCGGCCACCAGGUCCAUUUGCCCUACAGCCUCUCGCCUCCGCGACCGGACCGCGACUUGAAGGACGAGUACUGCAUGACCUGCGACUUCGCCGUGAGCACCGGCACUUUCCAGCGAGCGGCGCAAAGCUCGCAGUCCCUGCCCCAGGGGUUGCAGAAAGGAGCUGGUUCGCUAAAAAUUACGGGUUCCAGGUUCUGUAGUUUUGGGGGUUCAGGGCCCAGCUCGGCUGAGAGUAUUUCGAGUAUGUAG